AUGGAGGAAGUACCCGCCACAAUGCUGAACACGCUCGCCCCGCCGCCCGUGGCCUCACUCAAGGCUGGCGCCAUGGAGCGGUCUCUUAGCGAGGAUAUCCGGGAAGAGAGGGAGGAGCUCCGCGAAGCCGCUGAGCAGACGCUCAACGUUAUCGUGGAUCUCAACAUCGACGGAACAAUCCGGUGGGUCAGUCCCUCCUGGGUCGACGUUAUCGGGACACAACCAGACUCGGUUGUGGGUACAGCCAUCGCCGACCUCAUUGUCAGCGAGAACCCGAACGUCUUCUCAGAGGUAGCUGAGGGCAUGAAAGAGGAUGACAGGCGAAGCCAAUUCAUUCGAUUUGCGGUCAAACUCGGCCCCCUUUCGAAGCUCUUGCCCUCCGAUAUGCCCAAGAGCCCCGACGGAUCCGUCGAGCUCGCCGAGCCUACUGUUGUCGACCUUGAGGCCCAAGGCAUCAUGGUCUACAGCGGCGCCUCUGGUGGAGAAAGCCAUAGCAUGUGGAUGAUAAGGCCCUGGGUUGCGCCGCGCGAGAUUAAAAUUGAUCUGCCCCGAGUCAUUGUUGAGUCGUUGGGAUCUGGUGCAGAAGUGCUCGCAAGUUAUCUGACUCAACUGGCAGAAUCGGGGCUUGAUGACCCUGCACAGCACCCGCCUCCCCUGCCUGUGCUGUGCAGGAUAUGCGAGCGUCAGAUCUCGCCGUGGUGGUUUGAAAAGCACACCGAUCUGUGUUUGCAAGAGCAUCGCGCCGAAAUGGAUGUCCAGAUUGCCCAGGAAGGUUUGACCGAGCACCGACAUGCGAUCGUCAAAGUCCUCGAUGCUCUUGAGGCAAGACGCAGCCGCUCGCUGGCAGGAGACCAGGCUGCCCUGCCCGUGGCCGAAUAUAAGGGUCUGCCUAUUGGUCCUCCCCCAUCAUCAACGUCAUCUCCCGGAAACUCCUCCCCCACGCCCGGGUCUGCCCCUGGCCGCUCGAGGGAGCGAUCAUCCGGAUUUGGACACGCGAGGGCUCGCUCCUUUGCCGUCCGCCGGCCGCAGGCGCGAAUCGUUGAGCUGCUGCUCGAUCUGUGUGAUACCGCCAUCGAGAUCAGCACGCCUGCCAUAAAAGAAUCAUCCCAGGCUCCUGGCGAGUUCCGCACGCAGUCGCCGCAGUCCGAAGGCCGAAUUACGCAGGUGCUGCAGUGGGAGACGCCGGGCACAAACACUCUGGAGCAGGAGCAAGGUCUCGCCUUGCUUUGCGCUGAUACUGAGAAGGUUGCCCGUGAGAAAGUCGAAGCCGUGUUCCGUCACCGUAGGAUCCUCGAAUACGCGGAGCGAAUUCGGAUUGAGUUCGCCUAUAUGGUUCAGGAUUGCAUAGAUGCCGCCAUGCGCAAGGCUGCGAAGAUUGCCGCGGGCCGUCUCAGCGACUCUACCGAGGACGAAGAGGAUGAAGCAGAUGCCCCGAUUUCGACCGAAGAAGGGAUCUUCCCAGGAUCUUUCGAUGCCCCUUCCACUUUAGCCUUGGCCCUGCAGAACGCUGCCAUCAAUGAAGACCCCGACAACAGGCGGCUGUCGAUGGCACUGCCAUCUCCAAGGUCGAGUAGCCCGAAAGAAUGUCCGACACCUCGAUCAAACCGAGGUGCCCUCAGCACUCUUACGGGUGCGAGCCAGUCUCGGCGGGAGUCAAUGAUUUUUGAGAGCGAUGCCGGGGAUAGUGAUGGGAGCUUGAGGUCGUCGUCGGUAGCCUCUAGACCGCAGCGGGUGGAUUCCCCCAUCUCCGAGUUUGGUGACCUUCGCCGACAGGCGAGCUCGCGGCAACACAAGCGGAGAAGUCUGAUUCUACCAGGCGCUAUCUCGCCGCGGAGACAAGAGUCGCCUUCCCGAGCGGGACCGCCAUCAUCGCCUCUCCGGAUUUCGAAACCUCGAAACCUACCAUUCCCUUCCGACGGCUUGAUGUCACCGGAAGCCUCACCGAUGCUCCCAAGUAGUGAAUUUACGUCACCCAGUGUCCAACCCUACCAUCACCAUCGAAGGCAGUCUUCGGCUGCGGUGUCUGCAACUCCCGCGGAAUUAGGGUUGAAACCCCCACCGUCGCCCCGACUUAGUGCGGUAGUCGGUGGUCCUCAAGUCAAGGCUGUUCCUCCUUCGAUCAAGGACUUUGAGAUCAUUAAACCUAUCAGCAAAGGUGCAUUUGGCAGCGUCUAUCUAUCAAAGAAGAAAUCCACGGGCGAGUACUUUGCCAUCAAGGUGCUUAAGAAGGCGGACAUGGUUGCCAAGAACCAAGUCACCAAUGUUAAGGCUGAACGCGCCAUCAUGAUGUGGCAGGGCGAGAGCGACUUUGUCGCAAAGCUAUACUGGACCUUUUCCAGCAAAGAUUAUCUGUACUUGGUCAUGGAGUACCUCAACGGAGGCGACUGCGCUGCGCUGAUCAAGGCCCUCGGAGGCCUUCCCGAGGAUUGGGCAAAGAAAUAUCUCGGAGAGGUCAUCCUAGGAGUCGAGCAUCUGCAUAGCCGAGGUAUCGUUCACCGGGAUCUGAAGCCCGACAAUUUGUUGAUCGACCAGAAGGGGCAUCUCAAGCUGACAGAUUUUGGUCUUUCACGCAUGGGAUUGAUUGGGCGCCAGAAGAGGGCACUGAAUAGCGGCGCUGAUGUGGCCCCUGAUAUCCUCAAGCAGGGUCCAUUCGCUCGAUCAGCCUCAAUGGCCUCAUCUCGGUCCACGUCCUUGGAUCUUCACGGCCGUGGCCACUCUCCCGGCUCUACCCCACAAAUGACUCCUAGCGACUACAGUGCAAGCAUGGGGCAGCCGUCCUACUUUAACUUGGGCGCAUUCUCUCAUGAGCCACGCCGCGUCUCCAACCAUCGCAGCGAUAGUGGCGGCAGCGAGGCAUUGACGCAGAUGCUAGGAGGCUUGUCCCUCAACGAUCCGCAGGUGGCUAAUUCGCAGGUGAUCCUGUCUCCUGGGGAGAGCAGCGAGGCCGAAGCCUCCCUGGAUCUCGCCUCUCUGUCCUACGCUACCACCCAGAACAGUAUUGACUCCAACAAGGGCACACCCCCGCAGCCGGCCAUGGCCCCUCCAAAUUGGGCGCUAUUUGAUCCCGAGGACAAGACUCGCCGAUUUGUCGGCACGCCCGAUUACCUCGCUCCAGAAACGAUCAAAGGAGAGCCCCAGGAUGAAACGAGCGACUGGUGGUCCGUUGGUUGCAUCAUGUACGAGUUCCUCUAUGGGAUCCCGCCAUUCAAUGCUAGCGAGGCAGACAAAGUUUUUGAAAACAUCUUGGCACGCAGAAUCAACUGGCCCGAUCCCAGCGAGGAUGUAGUGUCGCCGGAAGCCAAAGACCUUAUCAAUAAGCUGCUCUGUUCGGACCCUCAACAGCGACUGGGGGCUAACCGCGAAGAGACGUUUCAGUCUGGGGGUGAGGAGAUUCGCAACCACCCGUGGUUCCAUGAUGUGAAUUGGGACAUGCUGUUACAAGAUGAGCCUCAGUUUGUCCCACAGCCGGAAAAUCCUGAAGAUACCGAAUAUUUCGAUGCCCGAGGCGCCACGCUUCAAUCCUUUGUCGAGGAGAUCGAGGACCAGCAUUCACCCCCCGCGACUGCGCCAGCGGCUGAUUAUCAUGACCGUCCCCAUGAUGCUCUUUCUCGUGUAAAGGCUCAGGUUCACUCAAUGAAGCGUGGGUUGAUGCCGCUACACAUCCCGCCCCAUGUCCGCGACCUGAAGAGCAGGCGGUUGAGCGAGCCCGUUGCGGCGGAUGACUUUGGCAACUUCACUUUUAAGAAUCUGCCCGUGCUCGAAAAGGCGAAUAAAGAUGUCAUCCAGAAGCUUCGGGCCGAAGCUCUGGCUUCCCAGUGCAAAGCAAUUACCCCCAGUAGCUCGGGGAGCGUCACGUCCCCUGGCUCAGCGCUCGAGGGCAGCCCGGUCCUCUCAAACCCGGUUCAAAGAACGCUUUCGAAUGCCAAGGCAUCUCAGCGACCACAGUCACCGUCUGGUCUCAGCCACUCUAAUUCAUCUCCGAACCGCGUCUCCCAGCCGUCCUCCCCUCUGUUGGUUUCCUUUGUCGCCGGCCAGGGAGCUGAGGGCAGACGCAAGGCAUCGAACAACUCUUCCAGCCUGUCCCAACCCUCUGGAAGCUCAUUACAGCCAGGCACAUACUUCGACGUGCCCCGCGUCCCGCCGAGCUUGCAGAAAGCAGCAACCACAGUCGCCACAUCAUCGCCCGUCAAAGGCAAGGGCGUACCAGCUCCGUUGCAGGCAUCGGCAUCGCCCCAGAAAGGGGGGAUAUCGACUCACAUGACGGGUACCCCUCGCCACAGCAGUGGCUCAUCUGGCGGUCGCUCCCGUUCGCUGACUGUCGGGUCGCAAGAAGGCAGCCCUGCAACUUCGGACAUCCUGGCAGCUCAUCACAGGAACCGUCGCAGCCAGGUCUUUGACAUGUCACCGUCGUCUUCAGACAAUGAAGCCGACAAGGCGAGCGCUUUACUCAGGGUCCAAAGGCGACGUCAAAGUGCGAGACGCAUGUCGUAUAUUGUUGGGGGCGAUCCCGUUUCUCGGCCCCUGGACGUGCUCAUUUGCGAUGACCACCCAGUCUCGCGAAUGGUGAUGGAGAAGCUCCUAGAGAAGCUGCGAUGCCGCACCAUCUCAGCGGCGACGGGUAGCGAGGCUAUCCGGUAUGCAAUGAGCGAGAUCAAGUUUGACAUCAUAUUCCUCGAGUUCAGACUUCCGCAGAUUUCCGGGUCAGAUGUUGCCCGCAUGAUCCGCGAUACCAAACACACGAACACCAACACGCCGAUUGUCGCAAUCACGUCUUACCUGAAAGAACUGCCCGCUCCCCAAUAUUUCAACUCGCUCGUCGAGAAGCCUAUCAGCUCUUCGAAGCUGACAGAUGUUCUCAGCACGCUCUGCCAAUGGAAACCUCCACCACCGGGUCAGACAAAUUCACUGUCUUUGUCACUGCCGCAUCCCAUACCUUCCGGCCUUCGACAAGAGAGCCUACGCUUGGAGGACAGCCCGACUUCGGCCUCAUCUGGAUAUGCAGUUCGGUCAAGUGGAAGCUUCCGCGAAGACUCGAUAACCUCGAGCCUAUUCGGAGAUUCGGAGUCGGUGGUGACCGACGACAUACCCGUCGUCAUCAGCAGAAAACCCACGGGAGAUUGGGAUGAGGCUGGACUGGGUAUCUCAAGCACCGAAGAAACAGUAGUCAACCGGAGCGGUGCUUUGCCGGCUGUGCCGCAUCUCGUCACUCAGCAAUCAGCGCCAGCGCAAAUGGAGCACCCAUCGGGGCGAAUGAAGAUGCCUGUUCCGCAGCGAUCGUUUGAGAAACUGCGAGCGAAGCGGGAACUGAUCGAAAAACGUAGAUACGAAGGCAGCGUCGACUCGGCCGAUGACGAAGAUGACGAGCUGGGCCUAGUUUCGGAAGCCGGUCAGGGUGGCAGCAGUGGCAGUAGUGGCAGCAGCGGUUCCGUUUCUCCUUCCAACCAGCAAUAUCGCAGCAAGUCGGGCCUGCCCUCAUCAAAGCUUGGCAUCGAGAUGAUGCGUGCGGGUAGCCAUGACAGCAUGAUUGGCGGCUCGGAAAGCGCCAGCACAGUGGAACCAGCGACACAAGUGGUGACACCAAACCAUGAUGUGGGAUUCGAGUUCCCAAACUACGAAGCACCGGCUGAGGAAGGGCAAGGCGAAAAAGUCCUUGCCGUAAUGGGCACCCCGCCCGGACUAGAGGCGGGCGACCAUGGCAAGCUCGGGCCCGGGGAUGUCGAGGAAACACCACGCCCGACCUCGUCCCGGGGAGCGGCAAACAUGAUUGUGGAGGAUGAAGAUCCGACGCCGAGGCGUCCGCCUGUUGGGACAACCGACAGAGACGAUACCAUGUCGCCAUUCCCCGGCCGUAUCUGA